CGGGCGGCCGCCAGGGGGCUCCAGUGCUCUCUAACCCGUGUUGUUGUCCUUCCCUGCCACAGUAAACAAACACCAUUUUCACCCAUUUUAACCCAUUUGGCGGCUUUAAAACCCCGCCGCGAGCCUCCGAGACCCGCACUGGCGGUCAACACCGCCCCACCGACCACAAAUUAAGGGCGUAAGAUAAACCUGAAGCGAGGAAGAAUGGAUUAAUGCGUACGCGUGUGUGAGACGCCUCCUGGAGUGAGUGACAGUGAGUCAAAAGAUUAUCCCCCCCCCUCAGCGAGGCACUAAUUGUGACCCAUGGCCCUCCUGCUGCCACCCAUGGCCUCGCAGGCACCCAUGGCCCUCCUGCCACCCGCGGCCACCCGCCAGGCAUCGUGGUGUGCCCUGGCUGCCUGGCUGUGAAUGGCACUCCUCUCUACUGCCAGCCUUCGGUCCCCGGAGCGUCUUGAGGCUUCAUCCAGGCUCUGUAUCAUUGAUGAUAGAGAGAGCCAGCAUGGGUGCCACAAUGGCCAUUCACCUGAUACCACUUAUAUUCAUCUUUGCACCCCUCACACAGCCUACAGGGAGUCAAAUGAUAAGAGAAAUGACCAUAGUUGGUGAGAAUGAACCAGUUGCUGGAACAAAUGUCACCAUUAGCUGCAAGGGUCGGGGUGACUACCUACAGUGGCUUCAUGGCCACCAUAAUAUUACGCCAGAUGAUGAACGAUGGCAUGUGGAAACUGAGAGAAAAGAACAGAAUAUCCGCAGUCACCUGACCAUCAUCCGUGUUGGCUUGCAUGAUUCAGGGCACUACCACUGCCAUAUUAGCAAAUCCAACAAAGACAAAAUUAUUGACAAAAAUGUCACCAUUCAUGUACGGGCUGGACCUGUUUUAAUGGAGGCACGGAAUGCUACUGUGAGAGUCGGACACAAGGCCAAGCUUUCAUGUACUUUUGCUGCCGUCCCUGCCCCUGAGGUCCACUGGCUCAAGGAUAAGCUAAUGCUUGAUAAAGCAAAGGGGUUCAGUAUUGAGACUCGCCAGGAAUCAGAACUUCACCUGUCUGAUUUGUUUAUUGACAAUGUCACUCUCAAAGACAAUGGAACUUACAAAUGUAUAGCCUCAAAUGAGGUUGGUGCAGGCGACCAAGAGGGUGACCCGUAUCUCCUCGUCCAGGAUUUACCAGAAGUGAAUUUAACUAAGGUACGUGCUAUAGGCACAAGUGAGAUACAGUUAGAGUGGACCGUUCAUGACAACAACUCCCCAGUACAGCAGACAAAGAUCUAUAUUGCUACGGGUGAUAAUGACUUUGGUGAAUCUUCACUGCUUCCCGAGGAUCAAAAGAAUAUCAUAUUGGACGACGUUGGCUCGCCUGGUGAGGAAGUUCGUGUAAAGCUUGAAGUUACCAACGAAGUUGGAGUGAGUGAGAGUGAUCCUGAAACAGUCACCUUGCUUAGUGAAGAACCAAGAUUCAUUCCAGAAGCAUCUCCAAAGGGCAGUGGCCUCGACUCCUUUACUGUAGGUUGGAGCCAGCCGAGUGAAAAUAGCAAGGAAUUUGUUGGACGUUACCAUCUGUCUCUCAGUGAUCCAACGACAGGAGAUGUUCAAGAGUUGUUUGUGGCUUCUCCAGCUGUCGAUCAUUUAUUCACUGAUCUCAAGCCAUCCACAGAGUACAAAUUUAAGGUUGCCGCGUGUCUGAAUGUUUUCCCCGACCGAGAACGAGAUUGUGGGGAAUAUUCUCCUCCGGUAGUUGGAAGGACUCUGAAUGGAUUACCGGGAGUAAUUUCUGAUUUGUUGGUUGAGUGCAAGCAGAACCCACACAUGGCCAAUACUGUCCACAUUCAUUGGAAGCCUCCAACCAACCCAAAUAGUUUAGUUGACCAUUACAAAAUUGAACUGAAAGAAACUGCAUCGUUCAUUAAUGAGGAAGGACAGAGGCAGUACUACAAUAAUGAACAUAAGCAAAAUGUGGCUGCGUCUCUCAGAAACUACACCUUUUAUAAUGCCUUGCCCAACACAAAUUAUACGGUUAAGGUUUAUGCAGGCAUAAAACGCCAGUACAGCUCUCCCAUGAACGCAGUGUGCCGCAUGCCUGUUUGGGUGCCAGUUUCUGAGCGAGUAACUUGGUGGAAAUAUGUGCACGAAGGUCAGAUUGUACUCAAGCUUCCAGUUCCACGAGUGUCUGAACGUAACGGAACCAUUUGCUGUCACAGGGUUGUGGUGGUUAAGCUGGAAGGAGGUUCACCACUUCAGAAUCUGCCCGAGCCCAGUAAGCUGCCACUCAGUACGUACGAAGAGGUUCACCGCUCUCCUUCCUCCACCGGUGCUUAUGUUGCCGAGGCAUUCUCUGGGUGGAACAUAAAGGAUAAGUACCUACUCCUGGGCGAUGGAAAAGUUGUGGGUAACUGGUCUGGAGGCUGUUCUUCGUGCUUGGGGGAAAUAAACCCAGGAGGCGAAAUGGCAGCAUUUCGUGGCACUCCGGGACAGACUGCCGUCGUUCCCGCCACCCGAGGAAACAGGCGUUCUCUGCUGUCUCUUCAAGUUGCGCCACCUGUAGUAGAUGGUCUCCUAUCAAUGGAAUCCAAUUACACGGGCUUCAUAGUAAUGUCAGUACAAUCGGAGGAUGGAAAAUUGCUGACGGCAUUUAGUGAAUACUUCCCUGUGGUUCAGCCUAUUGAGGAUGUGGUGGACACGGGGCCCCCCACUCGUAUAUCCGAGAUGCAAAUUAUUUAUGUCGCUACGGGACUCUUCACAUUUCUCCUCCUGCUCAGUAUUGGACUGUGCACCCUUCUAUGUUUUUACCGAAGACGAAAUAAGCAUCUGGAAGAGGAAGAGGUUGCAGAGAGUCUGUCUGGUUCUCUUGGCCAUACGAGCCUGCCUUUGCUUUCUGUGGCCGGGGCAAGCACGGGCCCCAGAUCCGAGGCCGAUUAUGCUGUUGGUGGGGAGGAGCUACAGAAGAUGGUGGGGUCGCCACAUCCCUAUGGAACGCCGUACUCCAGCUGCAUAUUCCAAUUUAGAAGGAUCUUUCGUUCGCUGCGACGAUCUCACACGCUUAUGUCCCAGCCAGCAGUAGAUGUGAAACCAGUUCCUCGAGAUGAGCUUGUUCCACAAUAUAUCGAUAAACUCAAAGAUUCAGAACUUGGAUUCAGACGUGAAUACGAGGCACUCCCUGAGAAGUUUUAUGAUCGAACAAGCCGGGCCUCAGACCUCAUAGAAAAUGCUCCCAAGAAUCGCUAUCCGGAUAUCAAAGCUUACGACCAAACGAGAGUAAAGUUAACGCAACUGAAUGGAGCUGUUGGGUCAGAUUACAUCAACGCCAACUAUGUUUUGGGUUACAAGGAACGCAAGAAGUUUGUCUGUGCUCAGGGACCAAUGGACACAACAGUGGAUGACUUCUGGAGGAUGAUAGUUGAGCAAGGGUGCGGUGUGUGCGUUAUGCUCACAAACUUAGAAGAAACGGGCAAGAUAAAGUGUGUAAAGUAUUGGCCUGAAGCGGGCCAGCCCAAGACAUUCGGUAACAUCACUGUUUAUCUUGUCAAGGAAAAGGCAUACUCAGAUUUCAUGGUUCGGACUUUGAGAGCAGAAUGGGGUGAAGGGGAGGAUCAGCACACCCACGAAGUUCGUCAGUACCACUAUUUAUUGUGGAAAGACUUUGUUGCUCCUGAACACCCCACAGGUGUGCUCUCUUUCCUCCGCCGCAUCAACGAGGCAUAUUCUCACGACCAGGGACCACUCCUCAUACACUGCAGUGCUGGUGUCGGACGGACAGGAACCUUAGUUGCCCUUGAUUCUCUGGUGAUGGAGCUGGACGAAGAAGGCCAGGCAUCCAUCUUUAACCUUAUCUGUGACCUUCGACACCAAAGAAACUUCCUUGUACAGUCUUUAAAACAGUAUGUGUUCAUCCACCGAGCAUUAAUGGAAUAUGUUCAGUUUGGAAACACAGAGCUGAGCAUUCCUCAGCUUAAGGAAGCUUAUAGCAAUCAUACUCAUCAUGACAGUUUGGAUGACUCCUCCCCAUUGGAGAAAGAGUUUGAGCGUUUAAGCAAAGUGGUCGAGGACAGAAAAGCCUUCGCCAUUGCCACAAGUGAAGAAAAUAAGCCUAAGAAUCGCUAUGAUUUUGUUUUACCGUAUGACUCCAAUCGAGUUAUUCUGGCACCACUGUCUACCAGACCAUCUUCUACGUACAUUAAUGCCUCAUUUGUCACUGGAUAUGAUUUAGCAGAGUCAUUUAUUGUCACUCAAGAUCCCAUGGAAAACACCAUAGCAGACUUUUGGAGAAUGGUGUUCGACCAGGAAGUGACGACCAUCGUCAUGCUCUCAGAGCUUGGUAGUGGUGAGCAGUGCUGUAACAAGUAUUGGCCCGAUGAUGAGGAGACGUACGAGCACAUCUCGGUAAAGCUGGUGUCGAGCGAGAGCUACCCCAAGUACUCCAGCAGGUCCUUCUUGCUAACUAAUACUAAGAAUGGUGAUGCAUUAACAGUAACUCACUUCCAUUAUAUCGGAUGGUCAGGACUAUUAGGAGAGGUUCCCUUAGUAACUCAUGGAAUCAUGGAGAUUAUCACCAGGGUACAGUCUCACGUUGACGUCAGUUUGUCUACUGCAACUCCUACACUCGUCCACUGCUCUGGGGGUGGUGACCGCAGCAGUGUUUACGUGUGUCUCAACAACUGCCUACGUCAGCUACGACGAGAAGGUCGUGUAGAUGUGUUCCAGACUGCCAGAAGAAUAAGAGCUCUUAGACAAUUUCUUCUUCAGGAAUUUGCACAAUAUGAGUUCACCUACAAAGCUCUUGUGGAAUUCAUUGACAACAAAGGUUUGGAAAACCUUUGAGGAAUUAUCUGCACAUCAUUAAAGAUGUACAAAAUAUUGGAUGUUUGGAUAUGAGACCUUUGUGAUUGGAAUGAAAUUCAACUAGAGACUUUACGAGUUACAGAAAUCACAAAUAUCUUGAACAUUCUGAUACCAGUAUAAAUUGUACUCUCUCUGAACAAUAGUGCAAAGAUAUGUGCCCAGACACUUUUAAGUGGCUAAAUAAAAUUAUCUUCAUUUGUAGCAUUUAAAGAAAUUGGACUUGGCUACAAUGUGGUGAAUCUUAUUAAUGUAAUUCUUGUAGUGGAGAAACUGUAAAGAAUCUCCCAGCAAUUCUAUAAUGUCACAAAAUAAGUAGGUCAGCUGUGAUGGUCAGCCAUCGUACUACUACUUAAAUUCCUAAUAAAAAUAUUUGAAUAUUUAUAAGGUUACCUGAAGACUGUUGUACCCAAACGAACAUUAUAAUGCAAAGCAUUGCAUUAUUUGGUUGCAUGUAACUCCCGAAUGCAUUAAUAGACACACACAAGAACUUGGGUUUUAGAAAUUCAAGAAGAUUUAGUAUGUUUUAAAGAAUUCCAUCCCAAUGAAAUGUAAUUGUGACAUGUGCUGAUGCUGCUAAUGCUAACUGAGUGCUGUUUAGCCUUCAGGUUGUAUAUGCUUGGUUUGAAUGCUGUUACUUAUAGAUUCUAGUGACCAUUAAGGUCGUCUGUAAUGAUAGAGAUGACCGUUUGUGCUCAAAUGUUUUCCUGUAAUAUAUUUUCUCAAUUAAAUUAAUUUUUUUUUUACUUUUAAAUAUUAUUUUUCUUUAGUCAAAUAUUAUAUUCUUUACUUACUUUCAGUUAAGUUCAAAAUUUAUUUUGGCAGCUUUGUCAGAAGAAAGUGAAAUGUUAAAAAUUGUGAAUUUCUUGUCAUAUAUGACAGAGCUUCUGUCAUUCAUUUUAUACAUGUCAUGGCUUAGUUUACUAUUUGCUUAUUUAGAAGCUAGUGAAGCCAGUACUGCUUUUUCAUUUUUCCUGAUUGAAUUUAUAUUAACCCUUAAACUGCUAAGCUAAGUCCUGCAUUUAAGGUGCACAUGUUGAAAGGUAUUGAAAGGAUAUAUAUAAGGAUCAGUCACAUGUAAGGAUUUGCACACAGGAGGAACUCACAGAUAGCGACUAUAGCAGUGUAAGGGUUAAUGGUUGGUCGAGCAGACCACGUGGAAGUACUGUACACCCUGGGACCAUGCGAUUUCUACACUCUUGCAUUUAAUUAUGAUACUUAUUCCAUGUAUGGGAGCAAUUUAUUCUAACCAUAUCACUUCUUGGGGCAGAUUCCUACCUAAAAUUUUCAUUUGGUUUCUUUAAUUUGUUGUAUCAUAAUGAAUGAAGAUUUAAUUGCAUUAUAGUCAAAUCCCAGUAAUAUGUAUCGGUAAAAUACGUGUAUCAUUAAUACUGUACCUUGUGAAACAAAUGUUAGGAUCAUAUUUUGGCAAAUGCACAAACUGUAAAUUUUUGUAAAAAUUAGACAGGACAAACAAAUAAGGAAGCAAAAUUAAGGGAAAAGUGAAAGUAAUUUCAGGAUGUGAUAAUAUAUGUAUAAUACAUUACAUUUUAGCAGAAUAAUGCAGUAAUGUAUAUACAAUAUGGUAUUUUAAUAUUGUACUGUAUAUACCAACCUAAUAUGUGUGUGUGUGUGUGUGUGUGUGUGUGUGUGUGCAGUCUACGCACAACCAGGCUACCCUCGGUUGUUAACGCCUCUUAAAAAUGUGGCUUGUUGAUCUAUUUAACGUGAUUUAUGUACAGUUGUUUAACACUGACAUGAGGUAAACCCAACUUGGUGUUGCUAGUGUCAUAAGAAAAGAAACUCAAGAGAUAAUUCUGAGAUUAAUGUAGCUUUAUGCUAUCUACUCUUGGGGUUGAUAUGAUUAUGAUGAGCGAUAGUAGCACAAGAUGGGUUUAAGCUCAAGGGGGCGCACCACAUCUCAACACAUGCUUUGGUAGGAUGGUGACAGAGGUGACCAGAGGUCAGUAGUAAGCCCAGGCAUAAAGUAUGAUACUGUAUGUACUACAUUGUGCAGCACAUCACACUGUGCUAUACAGGCUGUUAUGGUGGAAUGUACUUUAUGAAUUAGUCACCUGAGUAGUUAAGCUGAACCUGAAGACAGAACAAUAAACAUUGCAUAUACCUAAAUGUGCAUGCAGUAUGGCUUUUAUAUCUUUUCAACUAUUAUUUUUGCCUACAUGCUAGCAGUCAUUCAUUGCUGUUCCUUUAAGUCUUAAAUCCUUCCAUAAAAUCCUUGGUAAAUCUGACUCCUUUGACAUUGCUCAUUUCACGUCUUUCUGCUUUUGUAUUGACAUCCUAAAUGAUACGUAGCAACUCCUGAAUUUUUUGUAAUACAGACUGUGCUAUACAGCUGACUGAACCUAGCGCUUUUGAUAAUUACUUGUCAUGUACAUGCAAGGGAUUUUGCUUGUGUCCUGAAGUGCUUGUCAGUUGAAUAAUUUUAAUAACCUUUAAUAAUUCUUCAAAAUGUCAUUGCAAGCAAGUAGCACUUUCAGUGUUAUGGAAGUAUACCUAUUUACUCUCUACAGUACCAGGAAUUUACAGCAGAGUAUUGGUAUUAUUUUAGUAGUGAGAUUUUAGUCGUGAGUGUUUUGUGAAUCGUUAGGGAAAGACAUCUUCUGGUCUUGAUGAUGAUCGUGAUGGGAAAAAAUGUAGAACUUGACUCAGAAUACGUUCUUUUAUCGGGUUCUGUUUCUCAUUAUGUAUUUGUAGUCCUCGCACUCCGUCAACAUGCUUUGAAAUGUUUAGUCUUAAUAUGUUCCAAUAACAGUUUCUGGUUUUUUUUCCUUGUCUAGCCCCAUGUUUUGAAAUGUUAAACAUUAAAGAUUUCCAAAUAAGUUGCAGCACUUGUAUAAUUUUGCUAUAAAUAAAAAUUCAUAGCCUAUGUAGAAAUUGAAAUGUGUUAAUUAGACGCAGUAUGUGAGUUUGGGUUGUUGGUUACAUUUACAUGCAGUUAGGAUUUUACAUGGAAGAUAUUCUUGUAAACAUUGAAAUUUUAUAAACACCAGCUUAAGAAAAUAACAAGUUUUAGUUUUAGCUAGCUUCAAUACUGAUAAUUCAGGAUAAGACUUUUUAUACAGCGUUGCUUAGUGUGUAAGAUAUAAAACUCAGAUGGAAAGCUAAAUUUAAUGUUUAAAUUUUCUGGUAAAAAUAUUUUUUAUUUCACAAGAAUAAUUCAGGUGCUAUUUUUAACAAGUCCAUUAUUUUUUUUUUUAUGAUAAAAAUAAGUGGUAUAGUUCAUCACAGAUGUUAGGCACGAGCUGUACAAAGUUCAGAUUCCACACUGCAAAAUUACAUGAUGUACGUUAGUGUGUGUGUUUCAAUUUUUUUUUUUUUUUUUAAUUCAUGGCCAAUUGAAAUGUAAAAAUGUGGUGAAACCUAUAAUGCUCUUAUGAGAGGAUUACACAUUUUAGCUGUAAAAUGUCACAAAAGCCAAAUGCAGUAUGCGUAGUUGAAGUGUAAAUAAGAAUUGACAAGCCGGAAAUGGUAGUGGAGAUGAUGUCCGAGAAGCCCGGUGUGUCGGGAGAAGGUAGUGCAGGUGAUGGCUAAUAAGCCACAGGUGUGUCAUGGGACAUUAGGGAAAGUGAUGUCCGGCAAGUAAGAGGUGUGUUGAGGGGUCAGUAGUGCAGGUGAUGACUGGCAAGCCACAGGUGUGUCAUAGGACAUUAGUGCAGGUGAUGACUGGCAAGCCACAGGUGUGUCACAGGACAUUAGUGCAGGUGAUGACUGGCAAGCCACAGGUGUGUCACAGGACAUUAGUGCAGGUGAUGACUGGCAAGCUAUAGGUGUGUCUCGGGACAUUAGGGAAAGUGAUGUCUGGCAAGUGAGAAGUGUGUUGAGGAAUCAGAAGUGCAGGUGAUGACUGGCAAGCCAUAGGUGUGUCACAGGACAUUAGGGAAAGUGAUGUCCGGCAAGUGAAAAGUGUGUUGAGGAGUCAGAAGUGCAGGUGAUGACUGGCGAGCAAAACCUGUUCAUGGCUUGGUAUUUUUCUAAACAUAUUAGAACAAAUAAACUGACCUGCCUAUUAACUAUUUUGCUUACAUUUUAAGCUAUCUUGCUUUUCAAGCAUUAGGAAAUUUUUUAGUAGUUCUCUUAAAGCUUGUACACUUUGGAGAAUGAUGAGAGAGAAAACUCUUCUAUAGCCAAAGAUAAUGUUUAGGAUAGGGCAGUCAGCAAUUUGUUAAGGGUAAUGCAGCCAGCAAUUUGUUUAGGAUAAGGUAGCCAAUGAUAUGUUUAGGGUAAGGCAGCCGGCUAUAAAUUAAGCAUAAGGCCACCAGCGAUUUGUUUAAGGUAAGGCAGUCAUUGGAUAUGUUUAGGGUAAGGCAGCAGAGGGAAAUGUCUUUGGAUAGGGCAACAAUACAUGUAUAAAGGGUGCAGCAGCCAGGGAUAUAUUAAGGAAAGGGCAAACAGGUAUGUAUUAAGGGUAAGGCAGCAAGGGGUGUAUUAAGGGUAGGGCAGCAAGGGGUGUAUUAAGGGUAGGGCAGCAAGGGGGUGUAUUAAAGGUAAGACAGCAAGGGGUGUAUUAAAGGUAGGGCAGCAUGGGGCAUAUUAAGGGUAGGGCAGCAAGGGGUGUAUUAACAGUAAGGCAUCAAGGGGGUGUAUUAAGGGUAGGGCAGCACGGAUGUAAAAUUGAGUGAGCACCUUUAUCUCCUUGGUUCAUGUUCCAACGGAUUAUCAUAUAUUAAUUUAUAUUUUUGUUAAUCAUUAUUUUGAUAUAUGUCCUUUGAUGAUAUUCUAAAAGCAUUUAAAGUUUGAAACAAUAUGCAUCAACAUUUCACAAUGAACAUAGUACAUACUAUUUCAAUAACUGUUUUCAGAACUCCAUUUUAUGUGGAUUGUCAUUCUAGAUGAUAUUUCCAAGCCAGUGACCUGGCCUGGGAGUCAUCAACUUAGGAAACCUGUACAUUUUUUCAAUAAUUAUGGCAGAUUUGUUUACGUGUAUUAAGCCGUUUAUGACUUCCAAAGUGCUGUGAGGUUAAGAACAUAAGAAUGAAGGUAACUGCAGAGGCCUAUUGGCCCUACAAAGCAUCUCCUAUUGGCCCUAACAAAGCAUCUCCUAUUGGUCCAUACAAAGCAUCUCCUAUUGGCUCAAACGAGGCAACUCCUAUUGGCUCAUACGAGGCAGCUCCUAUUGGCCCAUACGAGGCAGUUCUAAUUGACCCAUAUGAGGCAGCUCCUAAUGGCCUAUAUGAGGCAGCUUCUAUUAGCCCAUACGAUGCAGCUCCUAUUGGCCCAUAAGAGGCAGCAGCUAUUUAUAUCCACCCAAUCUCAUUCAUAUAUAUAUAUAUAUGUCUAACCUGCUCUUGAAGCAGCCAAGGGAUCCUAUUUCUAUUAUGUUAAGCGGUAAUUGGUUCCACAGAUCAACAACCCUGUUACCGAACCAGUAUUUACCCAGGUCUUUCCUAAAUCUAAACUUAUCCAAAUUAUACCCAAUGUUUUGUGCUCUAUUAGGUUGUUUAUAAUAAUAAUAACCUUGCGUUGUGAAGUUUCCAAGCCCAUAAAUUAAAUGUCACUAAAGUCAACAUGAUUGUUGAAAGAUGAACAGGUUUCCUAAGUGGAUGUGUAAAUGCUUGACGAAUUGUGUACCAGGUUAGAUACAUAUACAUAAUUACCAUAUGAUAAGUUGUAUGUUAUUUCAUUUAUAUUUUGAGUGAGGAGGAGUUUAAUUUAUAUGGUUUUAACCCUUGGAGUAUUUUAACACAAUAAAGUAUGUUUGAUAUCUUCUGAAGCAGCUUGAGUUUGUUUCUUAUGCUUGGCUUGGCACCAGUGUGUUACGAGUAUUCGUUUGAUGCUAAAAUUGUUUUUCAUAAUAUUUGGUGGGAGAGUAUCACCCCCCAAUGUCUUUUCAAGGGCAUAUGUAUUAUACUUUGAUCUGGUACCCAUAUGCCGUAGUAAGAUGCAUCGUGUUGUUUCUCAGGACGGGCAUAAACUGGUUCUCAGGAGGGACAUAAACUAUUAUUUAAGAGGACGACUGCAAAGGUGCAGUCUGUUUUAUUCUGAUGCAAACCAAUGUUCAUAAAUUUCACCCAAAAAUUAUGCUAAUGGAAAUUUUGAUCAUGAGUCCUUCAUUUGGUUUUAAAUUCAUAUGUAUUCCUUAUCAUUUUGUAAUAUAUUGUAUUGUUAGGUAAAAUUAAAUGUUGGUAAAAGUUUUGGAAGCAGUAUUUGUUUAUUUUAAUGAAGGGUAUAACAUGAUUGCUUUGGCUUAGUGCUUUCUCCAGAUAAUUACCUUGCCUCCUCACUUUUGAAAUGCAUUUAGUUUGGAAAUUAUGCAUUGUGAUGUAUCAUUUUGGAAUGAUAAUUUGUGUGGUGUUCAUCUCUGAAGACUGGUCAUCGUCCUUAAAUAUAUGAACGAUUCCUCAGUAUUUUUUUUUCUCUCCCAGGGAUUUUUCCUGUCCAGACUCUAGGCCUCUGGCUGGCCUGCUAGGUGGAGUCCUCAGUUAAUAUGCUUAUGUGUUUGAUUUUGUGUAUUAUAAAAAAUAUUUUUUUUUGUAAUUUGUUGCCUCCUCAUAACAGUUUUAGAAGUAAUUUUUUAAUGGAGGUAUUUCAAGAAUAUUUUAUAUGCCUGACUCAACUUUUUCAGAUCUGAAAUGCUUAUAUUUUUGUACUCUGUAGUGGCAUUUCUUUUUUUUAUUUGCAAUUUUGGAAGCUAAUUAUAAUUUAUAUUUAGUAGGUUGAGGGGGAAUUACACUGUAUCUGAAGUAUAGUUAAAGAGUUUGUGAGACAGUUUUCGUAAAAUUUGAAUACAAUAAACAUUACUAUAUCGUACUGUGUACCAGAUUGUGCUCGGAGUUUUCCUGCAUCUCUUUUUUUUUUCUAUUGUUCUGUUAGAUAUACAAAUUCUUUGGUAACGUGACUAUUGUUUUGAAAUAAAUUAUUGUAUGGUGUCCGACUGUGACAUGUUUGGGCUCUCUAUUGUGUAUCUUGUUUUUGAGAGAUGAUGAAACUUUUGUUUCCUGGCUGUCCAUUGACAUUGUAGUUAGUGUUUACCAGACCACACACCAGAAGAUGAAGAAACGAAGGACCGAAACGUCAUCGUUUCUUCAUCUUCUGGUGUUUGGUAUGGUCAUCAUAUCAUCAACCACAUUAAUGUCACUCAUCGUCUGUAUUGUAGUUAGUGUUUACCUUAAGCUUUGAAACACACAUGUCUCUAUUAGUGAUGCUUUUCUUUGCUGCCAAUAUUUGAACUAUUACAGUACAGUACAGAAUAUGUUUCUUAAAAUUGUUUUAACACUAACCUUAAAUGUUUAAACAUGUGCGUUUAGGGAUGCAUGACUUGUAGUAUGUUUUAAUGUUGAUUGCUCAUAGUAACAGUUAUUACAAAUUAGUUUUCAGAGGAGGGAGUGUUUGUGAGAAAAUAAUAGUCAUACAAUGGGUUCGAACCUGCAUCCCCGAACUCCUAAGGGAUCUAUUGUAUGGAUUGCAAUAUUUUUUCAAAGCUAGAUCAUGUUUGUGUGAUUCCAUUGUGCUGGGAAUGUAUGUGUUUGAAAAUAUUUCAGUAAUGCCUAAACAGGUUUGCUUGAAAUUUCACCAACACACACACACACCUUGCCACUGUUUACUAUGUAUUUUUUGGGGGUGGGGGGGGAUGGUUUUGUUGCUGGUAUUGGCUUCAUGAUCUUUACAUAGAGCUGCCUUAUUUACAAUUAAUGAAGUAAUACUAUUGUUUUUAAUACAAGAAUCACUUUGAAAUGUAAA